AUGCCCAGCCGGACGGGUGCCAAGAUGGACGGUAGUGGCGGCUGCGUACGCCUGAAGGUGUACUACAGCGGGGACAUUCUGAUCACCAGCCUGGAUGCGGCCACCACUUUUGAAGAGCUCUGUGAGGAUGUACAGGAGAUGUGCCGCCUGCAACAGGACCAACCACUCACUCUCAAGUGGGUCGACAGUGAAGGUGACCCCUGCACUGUGUCCUCCCAGAUGGAGCUGGAGGAGGCCUUCCGCCUGUCUUGUCAGCGCAGGGAUGAAGGGCUUAUCAUUCAUGUGUUCCCAAGCAUCCCUGAGCAGCCCGGCAUGCCCUGUCCAGGAGAAGACAAGUCCAUCUACCGCCGUGGAGCUAGAAGAUGGAGGAAGCUCUACCGCGCCAACGGUCAUCUCUUCCAAGCCAAGCGCUUUAACAGGAGAGCGUACUGCGGCCAGUGCAGCGAGAGGAUAUGGGGUCUCGGAAGGCAAGGCUACAAGUGUAUCAACUGCAAGCUCCUGGUCCAUAAACGCUGCCACGUCCUCGUCCCGCUGACCUGCGCAAAGCAUAUGGAUUCUGUCAUGCCUUCCCAGGAACCUCCAGUAGACGACAAGAACGACGGUGUGGACCUGCCCUCCGAGGAGACCGAUGGAAUUGCUUAUAUUUCUUCAUCCCGGAAACAUGACAACCUUAAAGAUGAUUCUGAGGACCUCAAACCCGUUAUUGAUGGGAUGGAUGGAAUCAAAAUAUCUCAGGGGCUCGGGCUACAGGACUUUGACCUUAUUAGAGUCAUUGGGCGCGGGAGCUACGCCAAAGUCCUCUUGGUGCGGCUGAAAAAGAAUGAUCAGAUCUAUGCCAUGAAGGUGGUGAAGAAGGAGCUGGUCCAUGACGAUGAGGACAUCGACUGGGUACAGACAGAGAAGCACGUGUUUGAGCAAGCAUCCAGCAACCCCUUCCUGGUCAGCUUACACUCCUGCUUCCAAACAACAAGUCGGCUGUUCCUGGUCAUCGAGUAUGUCAACGGGGGGGACCUCAUGUUCCACAUGCAGAGGCAGCGGAAGCUUCCGGAGGAGCACGCCAGGUUCUAUGCCGCAGAAAUCUGCAUCGCACUUAACUUCCUGCAUGAGAGGGGGAUCAUCUACCGGGACCUGAAACUGGACAACGUGCUGCUGGACGCAGACGGGCACAUCAAGCUGACCGACUAUGGCAUGUGCAAGGAAGGCCUGGGCCCCGGCGACACCACGAGCACUUUCUGCGGAACCCCAAAUUACAUCGCCCCAGAAAUCCUGCGGGGAGAGGAAUACGGGUUCAGCGUGGACUGGUGGGCCCUCGGUGUGUUGAUGUUUGAAAUGAUGGCUGGGCGAUCCCCCUUUGACAUCAUCACCGACAACCCUGACAUGAACACGGAGGACUACCUUUUCCAAGUGAUACUGGAGAAGCCCAUUCGGAUCCCGCGUUUCCUCUCCGUCAAAGCCUCCCACGUCCUCAAAGGAUUUUUAAACAAGGACCCCAAAGAGAGGCUCGGCUGCCGCCCCCAGACAGGAUUCUCGGACAUCAAGUCUCAUGCCUUCUUCCGCAGUAUCGACUGGGACCUGCUGGAGAAGAAGCAAGCCCUCCCUCCGUUCCAGCCACAGAUCACAGACGACUAUGGUCUGGACAACUUUGACGCGCAGUUCACCAGCGAGCCGGUGCAGCUCACCCCAGACGACGAGGACGCCAUCAAGCGGAUUGACCAAUCCGAGUUUGAAGGCUUCGAGUACAUCAAUCCCUUACUGCUCUCCACCGAGGAGUCUGUGUGA